AUGCGCACUACCGCGACUCUCCUUUCGGCCGUCGGCCUCACGGCGCAGCUCAGUACUGCUGCCUACACCUUGCAGGAUGACUACUCACUCUCUUCAUUCUUCGAUCGCUUCACAUUCUACACCGGCACCGACCCCACUGCCGGCUUCGUCGACUAUGUCGAUGAGACGACCGCGGAGGCCAACGGUCUGGUCAAUACCUCCAGCAGCUCCGUGUACAUGGGCGUGGACCAUACCAAUGUGGCCAGCAGCAGUGGCCGCCAAAGUGUGCGCAUUGCCAGUGACACCACCUAUACCCAUGGCCUCUUCAUUCUCGACCUUGCCCAUAUGCCUGGUGGCAUUUGUGGCACCUGGCCUGCCUUCUGGCUCCUCGGCUCCGACUGGCCGAACAAUGGCGAAAUCGACAUCAUCGAGGGCGUCAACCAGCAAACCACCAACGACAUGACCCUCCACACCAGCGACGGCUGCACCAUCAACAACUCGGGUUUCACCGGCACCCUGACCACCGACAACUGCUAUGUGGACGCUGCCGGCCAAUCCAGCAACGCGGGCUGCGGCAUCACCGACCCGUCGACCGAGUCCUACGGCACCGGCUUCAACGCCAAUGGCGGCGGUGUCUUUGCCACCGAAUGGACCUCCUCCGCCAUCAGCAUCUACUUCUUCCCCCGGGGCAGCAUUCCCUCCGAUAUCGCGACUGGCAGUCCUGAUCCGUCCACCUGGGGAACCCCGGUCGCUUCCUUCGCCGGUAGCUGUGACAUUGAUGAGCAUUUUACCGGAAUGCAAAUUAUCUUCGACACCACCUUCUGCGGCGACUGGGCCGGCAACGUCUGGAGCAGCGGUAGCUGCGCCUCCGCCGCCAGCACCUGCAGCGAUUACGUCGCCAACAACCCUUCCGCGUUCACGGACGCGUACUGGACCGUCAACUCCCUCCAGGUCUACCAGGAGGAUAGCUCCUCGACGACGGAGUCUGCCGCUGCUGCUGCUAGUUCUGCGGCUUCAAACAUCACUAUCUCCUCCCACAAGGGCCACCACGUUCCUAGCCCGUCGUUUGUGCGGAGGGCGAGAAGGGAGCUCCGGGAGCGGGGAAUGGGGCUGCAUGCGUGA